AUGGGUUUUAGAUUUUUCCUGUUGGCUGCCAUGGGACUGGGUGCUAUGUAUAUGAUGCACUUGUUGGCGCAGGAUUGGACUCGCAUUCGACCUAUUCGAGGCGCCACUCAGUUAUUGAUGCAGGCCAGCUCGGCCCUACAGUUGAACCGAAAUAGGCGCGACACUUUGCGAAAUGAGCUGGGAUGGGUGCGUGGAGCGCAGGACACGGGUGGAGGAGGAGCGGCAGCAGCAAAUGGGUUGCGACACCCGGCGCUCCCCACUCCCGGCAUUGACUGGAAACGCAUUUUAUCGCGUGAUCCCUUCGAGUGCCUCCAAUCGCUCAUCUGCCAGUUGAUGUCGGGAGCCGAGGCUGCUUCGCAGGAGGCUGAAUUGCUGAUGGAUUUUUUGGAAUCCUCGGUGGAAAUGGCGCCUGCAAAAAUCGGUCGCGCAUUUAGUCGCGGACUGGCGUUACGCGGAUCGACCGACCGUUGCUACGAUGAGUAUCCCUUCUGUCUAUAUUCGGCCAAAACAAUGCUUCGAAUUCUGCGUUGGUUCAGUGAGGAGGGUACUGAUGUGGAGGAUAGGUAA